CGAGAAGAUCACAACUGUGCGACAUCUUGACGUUCUCCGUGUUCUGGAAACAAAUUUAAGUCAAAAUGGGAGAAAGAAAAGCCACCAACAAAUACUACCCACCUGAUUUUGAUCCAGCCAAACAUAAAUCAUUAGAUCGAUACCAUGGUAGUCAUCCAUUGCGAGAGAGAGCUCGUAAAUUGCACAUGGGAAUAACUAUCAUUCGCUUUGAAUUGCCGUAUAAUAUAUGGUGUGAUGGAUGUAACAAACAUGUUGGAAUGGGUGUACGGUAUAAUGCUGAAAAGAAGAAAGUGGGAAACUAUUACACAACGCCUAUUUAUAGAUUCCGAAUGAAGUGCCAUUUGUGUGAUAGUCACUUUGAGAUUGAGACUGAUCCUAAAAACAUGGAGUAUGUGAUUGUCAGUGGUGCCAGGCGAAAGAAUGAAAAGUGGGAUCCAGAUGAGAAUGAACAGAUUGCACCAGAAGAUAGAGAAACUCGUAAAAAGCUUGCUACAGAUCCAAUGUACAAGCUUGAGUAUGGUGUUGAAGAUAAAAAGAAAUCUGAGAUAAUCAUACCCACACUGUCUGAAAUUGAAGACAUACAAUCAGACUGGAAAGAAGACUAUAUGAUUAACAAGAUGCUACGCACCAAAUUUCGUCAAGAAAAGCAACAGCUGAAAAUAUCAGAAGAGGAAGAUAAUGCUUUGCUUAAAAAAUCAUCACUUGAUAUAGAAUUAGUGGCAGAGCAUGAAGAUGAUAAGAAACUUGCUUCACUCAUGAAAUACAGAACUGUGAAAUCAUUUACAGAAAAACAAAAAGAAAAAAGAAAAGAAUUAUUAUCAAAGCCCAUCUUUGAACAAUCACCAUCGUCAAGUCAAUCUUCCCAUGAGAAAGAUCAAAGAUUACAAGAUGCCAAGAAAAGACUUGGACUGAAUAAAAACUACAGUUCUGGUUCAGCUACAUCUAGUUGGGACAAAAUACCAUUAAGGAAAUCAUGCCCUGCUACUGCAAGUAGUACAUUAGGAAUUGUUAUUAAAAAGCAAUCCCAAGUAGUGAAAGAAAAUGAAAUUACAUCAACAAGGACAUCAACAACAGUUGCAUUGACAGAUGGGAGACAAUGUAAUGAUGAGUGUGGUUUGCCAGAAAAGACUAAUCUCGCAAAACAAAGACUUGAUGCUACAAAUUUCUCGUCACUUGUUCCAUUUGACUAUGGCAGUAGUGAUGAUACAGAUUCAAGUUCAUAA